CUGACAGGAUUAAAAAAUAUGAAACGGAAAGACUUAUCAAGUAUUUGCAGGAGGAUUCCAAAUCAGAAGGCUUAGAACUUGACAAUAACUUUUUUAUAAAGCUUGAGGAGAAAGAAAUCACCAGUAGUUUAUUUCUUAAGCUAACUGGAUGGGAUUUUAAAGAAUACGGAAUAAUAUUAAGACAAGCAUUAGAAUUUGAAGAUUAUAUAAAGAGGUUAG